CGGGGCGGGCCGUAGACGCCGCGAGUCGCGGCGAUCUCCUGUUUGCUUUCUGUUGGACCGCGGAGCCGUCACCAUGUCCCUGGCGGCCUCGGCGGGCAGGGGCCUGGGGGCCGUGUGGUCCCCAACCCACGUGCAGGUGACGGUGCUGCAGGCGCGAGGCCUGAGGGCCAAGGGCCCCGGGGGCACUAGCGACGCGUACGCGGUGAUCCAGGUGGGCAAGGAGAAGUACGCCACCUCGGUGUCGGAGCGCAGCCUGGGCGCGCCCGUGUGGCGGGAGGAGGCCACCUUCGAGCUGCCGCCACUGCUGUCGGCCGAGGCCGCGCCCGCCGCCGCCGCCACCCUGCAGCUCACCGUGCUGCACCGCGCGCUGCUCGGCCUCGACAAGUUCCUGGGCCGCGCCGAGGUGGACCUGAGGGAGCUGCACCGGGACCAGGGCCGCAGGAAGACCCAGUGGUAUACCUUGAAAUCCAAACCAGGAAAGAAGGAUAAAGAGCGAGGAGAAAUUGAGGUUGACAUCCAGUUUAUGAGAAACAACAUGACCGCUAGCAUGUUUGACCUCUCCGUGAAAGACAAGUCUCGGAAUCCGUUUGGGAAACUGAAGGACAAAAUCAAGGCGAAGAACAAGGACAGCGCAUCAGAUACCGCAUCAGCCAUCGUCCCCAGCGUGGCACCCGCGGCGGACAGUGAUGACGAGUCUCCUUCCAAAGACAAGAAGAAGAAGUCAAAGAUCAAGACCUUGUUUUCCAAGUCCAACCUGCAGAAAACGCCACUCUCCCAGUCCAUGUCUGUCCUGCCCACUUCAAAGUCAGACAGAGUGCUGCUUCGUCCUGGAGACUUUCAGUCCCGGUGGGAGGAUGAUGACGAGGAUGAGUCGUCCUCUGCCUCAGAUGUCUUGUCUCACAAGAGAACAGCCAGCGAGGAUCCUAAGCAGCUGAACCAGAUCAACUUCAGCCUCCCCAAGAAGGAAGGGCUCUCCUUCCUGGGCGGCCUUCGGUCAAAGAAUGACGUCCUUUCCCGCUCUAACGUCUGUAUCAACGGGAACCACGUCUACGUGGAGCAGCCUGAAGCCAAGAGCGAGACCAAGGACAGCUCUCCGUCCUCCUCCCCGUCCCCCCAGGGCUUCAGGAAGAAGCGUUUGUUCUCCUCUACGGAAAACCUGGCCACUCAGCCUUGGAAAGAGCCUGGGGAGGGAGGUGCUGUGUCUUCUGAGUCUUCCACAAAGGACUCUUUCAAGUCCAUGACUCUGCCGUCCUACCAGCCAAGGGGCAGCGGGGACCUUCGGGAGAACACUGCUCCGGCGACCUUGGAGGCUGCGAAAGAAACCAAAGAGAGCAAGAAACAGGAGAACAAGAAGUCCUCUCUGCUCUCCCUGGUGACGGGGAGGAAGGACGUAGCCAAGGGCAGUGAGGGCGAAAGCCCGUCUGCUGCCCCCAGGAAGGAGCGGGAAGGCCCGCCCUCGGGGGCGAAACCCCGGGAGGACAGGCUGGGGCCAGCUGAAGACCUUGGGAGGAGGUCAGAGAAAGAGCCGGCGGCUGUUGUCUCCGAACGAGGUAGAUCCCUGAACCCCUUUGAAGGUGUGCAGAUCCCAGAACCUGAAGCUGACCCACAGCCCAAGUCUCCACCUGCACCACCAGUUGCCUUGCCAAGGGCUCCCCAGACCAGAGCUGUGAAACCCCGACUGGACGUGUCUCCAGAGGGUCAGCCCACACCCCGCCCCCGCCUCCUUCCCCGCCCCGGCCCUGCUCUGUCUUUCUCUGCUCUCUCCUCCAGUUCUGAUCAGACACCUGUCCCGUCUAAACCGGGGCAUGAUUCAGAGAGCCAGUCCCCUGAGUCUCCUUCUGUCUCCUCCUCUUUCUCAUCCCCCAUAGUAGCCCCCAUCUCCACGUCCACUCCGAUUGAAAACUGGCUGUCCACAGACACGGGCCAAGCCAGUUCUGAAGAACCACCUUCGCUUCUUAAAGCAGAGCUGCAAAAGGAGAGCUUAAUACAAGUUCCAGAUACUACUUCUUGGACCAAGGGCUCACUUCCCAAACAGCCCCCCGUUCCGGUGGGUAAAGGAAUGGAAGAUUCUCCCAUGGGGAAGACCAGCCGGAAUGACCCAGAACAGUCUUUCCUGACACUGCCUGAUAUGGGGCAAGAAGAAGAGCUUCUGGGGUUUCCCCCCCAAAAACGAGGUGACAUCCCUUCAUCUGAAGAGGCUGGAGAAGUAACAUCUGCCCUUUCUCUUGGAAGAGGCAGGACUGAAAGCCUUACAGGGGAGCCUCUGAUGGGGAAGGACACAGACUCGGAGGGUCCGUCUAGGUCACCUGUGGGGGACACCGCCGGAGAUGGUGGGGUGAGUCCUGCAGUUAAAGAAGCAGCAGCCGCCCUUCCCCUGGGAGAGUUGGUCCCCUCACUCGACUCGGAGAUGCAGAGAUGGGAAGAGAUGGGUCUGGAUGCUAGCGAGGGUGGAGAGAAGAUCCAGAAGUGGGUAUCGUUUUCCGAGAAGCUCUUUAUGGAAGAGGAGGUGGAGGAGGCCCCUGCGCUCAUCCACAGGGACAGAGGGGACCCCCAGGGGCCAAUUCGAGAAGGGGCUGUCCCUGGAAAUAUGUGGGAUGCAGGAGAGUCACAGGAGAGGGAGCCUGGGCCCGCUUCCCUGGCGGGUCGCCCUCCCCUCCUAUCCUCCCAGGGGGCUUUCUCAGAGGGCCCCACACGCUCGGCCAGCUCGGGGAGAGACAGUCCCCUCUUUAGGACUGAGAGAGACGACACUUGGAUGGCUCGAAACCAGAGCAAAGCCAGUGACCAUGAAGGUCUGCUGCCUGAUCCCCCGUGCAGCCUCCAGUCAACCUGCGAGAUGAAGCCCCCAGUUAUGGCCCAUCUGGACCUGACCCUGCCUUCCAUCCCCGAAGUCGCAUCGGAUGAUGAGAGAGUGGAUCAGGAUGAAGACAACAGGGGUCCAGCCAAGGUGGCGGCUCUGGGAGGAGGGGCUUCUUCCCCAAGCACCUUGCCCACUCGCCCUGAGAUGGAGAAAGGCCCCAGCGGAGAGGCCAGCAGGUCAGCAGAGAGCCUGCAGGACCCCAGGUGGGCAGCGCCCAGGGCACCUGCCCCAGCUUCCCCAGAGCAGACUCCAGCCCCAGCAGUUCAUGAGCCCCGUCUUGGCGAGAGCUCUCACUUGGAUGAACAGCCGCGGGGCCCUGGUGAUGGCGAGGAGGCAAAACCCGUGGGAAAUGGGAGGCCAGGUCAGCCUCCUGCCACCCUGGCUCCCCCUGGGGCCAGCACCCCUUUUCCUGAGCCCUUUCCUGCCACACACCCUCCCCCCAGCUCUCCACACUCUGACACCCACCACACCAAUACAGCAGAAUCUCAAAAAAAAGCAACAGCAGAGGGCUCCGCAGGUAAAGUGGAAAAUUCUGGCAAGAGGAAGCCGCUUCUUCAGGCCUGGGUCUCACCCUCAGAGACACAGCCGGUCUCAGCUCAGCCAAACGCUGGAUCGGGGUCAGCCAAGCACAGACCUCAUCCUGUGAAGCCGAUGAACACGACAGCCACCAAGGUUGCGAACUCCAGCUUGGGAACUGCCACCAUCAUCAGUGAGAACUUGAUCAACGAAGCCAUAAUGAAGAAAUACAAGCCCUCGGACCCUGCCUUUGCUUACGCACAGCUGACCCACGAUGAGCUGAUCCAGCUGGUCCUCAGGCAGAAAGAAACAAUCAGCAAAAAGGAGUCUCAGGUUCGCCAGCUGGAAGACUACAUCGACAACCUGCUGGUCCGGGUCAUGGAGGAGACCCCCAACAUCCUACGGGUCCCCUCGCAGGUCGGCAAAAAAGCAGGAAAGAUGUGAGUCGUCAGCCUCCGGCACCGAGACAUUUUUGUGAGUCUGUUUCUGCCCGCUCCCGAGGCCGAGGACUCGGCGUGCCUGAGAGCUUGCGCCCAGGCUCCGAAUCCCCCGUCUCCCUUGCCUGUUAUCUGGCAAGAGUCCAUCCUGCCUGGGGAAGUCAGGUUAAUGAUUACAAUGAAUCUUUUAUUGUACAUUCCCAGGGUUUUCUUUUCAAAUGCCACUGUGCCUUUAGCCAUGUUGUAAAUAUUUUAUGCCCUGACCAGAGACGUCACAAGACCUGAUCCUGGUCCAGAGGGUUCAGAUGGCACUGGGGUAUUAAUGUAUUUUAACGUUGGGAUUUUCCUUGUUUGAUGUUGAGAUUUUUAAAGUACGUCUCCCCCAGUCAUUAAAGCUUGAGGGGAGAUGCCAAGGACCAUGCGAUUGGGGCUGUGUUACACAGAACUUUCUCGGCUUUUGAGUAGCUCAGGCGUGGCUUUUUGGCUGCAGAUGUGAAAUUUUGCCACCAGGUAAACCUGCCUGGUUUCUUAGACAUGGUCUUUUUGUUUUGACUGGAGCAGAGGCGUUUAGGGAGCGCCUCUGAUGUGCCUUUUAAAUUUGGAACAAGCUGCCUUUUGCAAACAUCAGCUGCCACUACUCUGUAGCCUUAAAACCCAUUCUCUGUCAAUCCAGAGGGCCUGUCUGUGGAGGUACAGAAGGGAGACCAGGGGAGUUAGAGUCUCUUUGCAGCUGGGGAAGGCGCUCAGAGUCCCUCUUUUUGCAAUAGCAGGGUCCCUGCUGGCCGGGGUGGCCAGGCCAGUGCCUUGAUAAGGGACCGGGUGACCCAAGCAGUUACUAAAGUGGUUCCACCUGAUUUCAGCAGGACCCCUGUGGCCCUUCCCUCCCGGUGCCUUCACUGGAAUCCCUGGUUUCCUUAGCAGCUCUUCCCAGCAUUUCCCUGCCUUGUUAUAAAAUCGUGAAAAGCAAGAAGAUACUUAUUUUCAGACCGCUAUAUUUUGAAAACUAGAUUAGCACAUAUAUAUAUAUAUAUACAUUAUAUAUAUUUAAUUAGGACACUUGCCCUUCUUAACUAAUAGCAUCUGUGCAGACUCUUCAGGUAAUCUCACUGUUAGUAACCUGAUACUGAUUAGUAACCUGAAAAUACCAUGUUUCUGCAUUACUCAUUUUUUCCCUCCCAGUUUUGACAGAAUCUCAUCAACUCUCAACAUCCCCCAUGGGGGACAGGUAUCACUGGCCAAGGGGGCGGGCAGGGCUGAGAUAACAGCAGUAAUUCAACUGGGACUCUCUUCCGUGUUCGUUCUUGUUAUACUGAAGUUAAGAAGCAAGAUUAUUGGCAGCGGAAUCCCUUUUCAGGGUCCCAUUGGCUGCCACGUGAGUUAGUAUCAGAGCACUUUAAUCUGAAGGAUGAUACUGAACUUGAUUUACCUGAUUAGCUUUUAAGUAGCUUUUAAUAUAGCUGUUUUAUUUAAUACUCUCCUCCAGUCCUGGGGACCACUGUAAACUUCUCAGAUGACUUGUUUUUUUUUGUAGUGCUAUGAAAUUUAUUUACAUCUCUAUAAAGAAAGCCGUGUAUUCUCUUGAAUUCUGAAAAUGUAUGUGUAUAUAUCUGCUCUGCAAUGUGUUUUUUACUUGAUGUAAAUGUAUUUUGACUGUGAUAACCCAAGGGCACUGGGGGGGGGGGGCAGGUGUGCUGAGUGGUUUCUCCUGGGAAGAGCUGGUGUGAAGGCCCAAGUUCUUCCCAAGAGGUGGUGGCUGUGGAGAGAUGUGCUGCUAGGACCUCGGGUGUGGGACUCAGUCCAGGUUUGAGAGGGACAUCCAGGUGGAGGCAAACUUCUCUGCUCUGAGAUACCACUUGAGAACUGGAGAAUGAAGGACAAUUUACUUCGAGGGUGUUUGGUUUCUACCACUGCUGGAAAAAAAAAUUCAACAUGUAGCAUUCUGACACCUCUCAGAGCGGGUCACCUGGAGGCCACUGGCUAACAGCUGUCCUUGAGAACUCUACUGUGAGGGAGAACUCACCUGGGAAAGCUGGAGCCUGCUCGGAGCCGGUAGCACAGGCUGGGGGGUUGGAGGGCUGGAGCUCCUGCAGCUGGCACGGGGCUGAGGGCUUACACCCAUCUGUCUGCACAGAGAGAGCCCAGAUUUGCCUCUAGCUGCUGUUAGUGCUCAUGGAACUGACGGGCCCUGGGAGCGGGCCAUGCUCUGGAGAAGCAGGAGCAGCUUGCUCUCGGCCUUGCCUGGCUGCCCUCCGGGAAGAGCAGUCAGAACUUCAGGGACAUAUCUGAUGAAAUACCGAACACCUUGCAGCGAACUUCAGUUAGAGGCCAGCUUGCUGAAAACAUGUCAAUCCUUUGCCCGGUUGUUUUCAUAUCAUCUUAGUCCUUGGACUUUGGCAGAUGUCCCGCCCACCCCUUUUAUUUCCUGAAUGUCAGCCUUCUUGGGUAGCAGAAUGGAGGCGCACGGAAGUCUGCCAUUUGCCAUACAGACAGGUGAACAGUCAUGACCCCGGGUGGAGGGGUGUGUGCAUGGUGAAUGGGAUACGUGUGUGGGUUCCAGCUUUGCUAACAGUGGGGGCUCAGAAGGGCACAGAGGGAGGAGGAGCCAUGACACUCAGCCACAGGCUGGAUUGAAGACCAAAGGCAAUUUAAUGUUAAAUGAUACAGAUCUUCCUUCCCUGGGCGCCUUCUCCCCAUCAGCCUUUUUUCCUUUUUUAGAACUACUCAGCAAUGAUCCCUCAAGGCUGUGAAAGGUCUGUUGCCUUAGGUGGAGCGCUUAACCUGCUAGUAUUCAUAUCAACCUCAAUCCUGUGGUUGCGCCUGUCUAUUAUGUGAGCUACUAACUUGACCUCUUCCUCCUUCUGAUUGAAAGCCCACCCAGCAUUUUUGGAUUAUAGAAUUAUUAUUUCCUGCUUUGUUACUUGGGGAAUUUUGAAUUUCUUUGGUUUUGUCUUUAAGAAGUAACCUAAAAUUUCCUACAACACUAAAUAAAAUGGUACUACCUUUCAGAA